AUGGAUGAAGCAGAAGAAUCGACGAUUCCAUCAGCGCUAAAGUUCGUCGUAUCAAAUUUGAAGACGAUCGUCUCCAUUCAGCUAGAUGCCGACAACUAUCCCGUAUGGAAAGCACAAAUCGCAAAAAAUUUUCGUGCAAACGGGUUUGAUCGGUUUCUUGACUCUUCUUUCUCCCUCCCGGCCGCGGACACUUCUCAAUCCGACGGCACUUCAACGCAAAAUCGACAGCGCACUCAGUGGCUUCUAACGGAUCAAAAUCUUGCCGCCGCUCUUUGCUCUACGAUCUCCUCGCCUAUCCUACCCUACGUUGUUCAUCUUGAUUCUACUGCAGCAAUUUGGUCUAUGCUCGAAUCAAGAUUUCAAUCAACGAAUAGGUCAAAAGUAAUACAGCUCAAGAACUCUCUUCAUAACAUUGCUCUCAAGAAUCAAUCUAUUAGCGAAUACCUAUUUGAGAUCAAGAAAAUCGUAGAUCAAAUCACAGCUUCUGGCGCAACAGUGGAUCACGAAGAUGUAAUUCUGUACAUUCUCAAUGGUUUACCACCGGCGUACCAAUCUUUUAAGACGUCGAUCCGAACGAUGUUAACGCCCAUUUCUCUUGAGCAGCUGUAUCCUCUACUACUCAGUGAAGAA